CCAGGAACUCCGUGGACACAUGAGCCUGUUCCAGACGCGUCGGUGAUCAUUUGGACCAGAAGAGGAACAUUUCCACCAGACGGACGUCUUAUACUGAGACGGUUAUUUCUCACGAUGUCGUUUCCUAGCCCAUGGACCCGAUGGCGCUGGUGUCGGUGACGCCAUCGUGGGCCGAUAACAGCAGUGGGUCCCGGCCGGCCGCUCCAUCGGAGUUCCCGAUCUCUGCAGAAUGGGAACUGGUCCGGUCCAUCGUUCCCCCGUACAUCUUCACCGUGUCCCUGUCGGGUCUUCUCCUGAACAGCUUUGUGCUGGCCGUGUUCUUCGCUCACAAGGACCGACUGAGCGUAGCGGAGAUCUACCUGAGCAGCCUGGCGCUGGCCGACUUCGUUCUCCUGUGUGGCCUCCCUUUCUGGGCCAUGAACAUCCUCAACGACUUUAACUGGCCUUACGGAGACGCCUUGUGCAAACUGGUCAACGCCGUCAUCAUCAUCAACUUCUACAGCAGCAUCUACACCCUGGUCAUGAUCAGUGUUGACCGCUACCUGGCACUCGUGAAGCCCAUGAAGGCCCGGUGGCUGAGGCGGACGCUCUAUGCCAAGGUCGUCUGCUGCCUCCUGUGGACGUUCGCGGUCCUCCUGAGCACGCCAACAAUGGUUCACAGGAAGGUGAAGUUCAUCGAGGAGUUGGAGACGAUGUCCUGCAUAUUGGAUUACAGUCACGACAGCUCCUGGAAGUUGGCUCAUCAGAUUCUGAUGAAUGUUCUGGGCUUUUUACUUCCUCUCCUGGUUAUUGUUUUCAGCAGUGGAAACAUCAUCAAUGUUUUAAUUCAGAGGAGGAAGAGUGCUUCUUUUCAUGAAACGAAUGACACCAAGACCACAGCCCUGGUGUAUGCUGUCACUCUCCUCUUCUUCCUGUGUUGGGCUCCCUUCCAGGUCUUCACCUUCCUCGACGUCCUGUGCGACGUCCGAGCGCUGGACGAGACGCUGUGGUUCCACACUCUGGAUAUCGGAGGCCAGGUCUCCGUGUAUCUGGCCUUCCUCAACAGCGCCCUGAACCCACUGCUGUACGUCUUCUCAGGGCAGUACUUUAGGAGGAAGGUUAGCGCCAUCUACACGAGGAAUCGAUAUAAUCGCAGAGGAUCAGAUAUGACCACACACCAGCGCUCUGUUGUGUCCACUUACAUGAACAGAACCGAGCAGAUCAAGGCUGUGGUCAUCCUCCAUGCAAAGGACCAGGUGUGAAUCUGUUGUGGAAAAAACAAUGCAAAAUACAGGAUAUGAGUCUCAAGUCGCUUGUUCAUGAGACUUAACACAAUAAUAAUGCUGUUAUAUGGUUUUAACAGCACCAUCAGAGGAUGUUUGCGAAAUAAUUGACUCAACCAAUAACAAUGGCUGAAAUCUGUGGAAAGCAGAUUUUAUGUUCAGUCUCCAUGAAGACAGUCUCUGUCCGUAGGGAUGCAUCAGAAUAUGUUUAAUCGAACUGACUCUACAAAGUAUGUUAUACUAUGCAAGCUAACAUGAGAGAAUAUGUUAUUGUUUUUUGUAGAAUUACAUUCAUAAUUCACUUUUUAUGGUAUAUAUUGACAUUUAAACAACAUAUUUAUUCAGCUAUGACAGACACAACCAGUUCCUCUUUAAGAUAAACACUCUUUACUUUCUUACUUACUUACUUUUGUGUCUUAUUUAUAAUGAACUCGAUUGAACACCUGAAACAAUUAAAUAUACAAUUAAAUCUUGAAUGCAAAACAUGAUAUCUCAUGUGGGCGCGGCUUCUCGUGCAGCAUCAACCGCACACUCUCUGACCACAUGCUACAGAAAUUGGACACUGUGGAAGGACAUGUACGUCUAGUAUGAGCCAUGAUGGUAUCAUCUUUGUCCUGCUCGUUAUUCGGUUUCUGGAAGUUUCCCCAGAACACAUUUUGUUUUGCUCCGCGAGACGGCGAGCCGAGAAGUGUUCACGCGACACUAGAGACAGAGUGACAUGCUGCUGGAGAGACGACCAACAACAGACGUUUAGUUGAAUGAAAGAACAAAGACGUCUCUAAGAAGAGGACCUGACAUCCUGCUGCUGUCAUCUGGCGAUAGAGAACAUUACAGGGGGCGGGCAGAGAUCUUUUUUUUUCAACUCAAAAUUGUCUGUGAGCCAUAUGCCGUCAAGAAGAAGAACCGGAUAUGGCUCGAGCCAGAGGGUCCCGACCGCUGCUCUAGGGAAACUAUUGAAUUAUAACCCUCACCUUUGUGGUGCUUGUCCAAGCAUGUCUUUUAAGUUUCCAUACUGUAUUAUUAGAAUGUCUUAAUUUACACGUUUUUUACCAAUAUCUCAC